AUGAGUGCGAGGCUUCAAAGCUCUACAACAAUGGAAGGUGGGUUAAUUUACUCCGGAAAAGGGUACAGAAACGAAAGGCUGGCCGCCCUGAUGAGUUUCGUCAAAAGCAUGAACAUUUCCCUGAAAAUUUCAUUGGGUAUCUGUGUAAGCUUCUUUACUAUACUGGUUGGAAUUCUUUUGAUACUUAGUAUGUCUAAGCUUCGUUAUUAUCCGUGUAAGAUAAUCGAGUUGCUAAAACGCAUUGCAACAUCACAACACAUACUGGCUAUACAUAAUAAUAAUGCACCUUCCAAGUUAGCACCCAGAAAGUUUUCUGCACGAGAAAUUUCUUGGGCGACAGAUGAUUUCUACGGCGGCAGAUUCAUUCGCAGAGGAGGCAAAGGAAUAGUUUACAAAGGAGUUCUACAAGAUAAAAGCGUGGUGUCCAUAAAGAAGUUCAAGUCAGAAGUACCUAGUAGAAUUGUCUCUAAAAUCUUUGUUAACGAGGUGACUAUUCUUUCCCAGAUUAAACACAGACAUAUUGUGAGGCUAUUAGGUUAUUGUGCAGAUCUGGGAGGAGAAACCCUAGUUUGCGAGUUCAUCAACAAUGGCACUCUUUACGAGCACAUUCAUGAAAAAAGCGAAGGAUCAUCAACACUCUCAUUCCAAUUGCGAAUGAAGAUAGCAGUAGAAAUCUCAGCUGCACUAGAAUACUUGCACUCCUCCUCUACUUCCAAGAAUAUAUCAAUCGUACAUCUAAACGUGAAUUCAAAAAGAAUACUAUUAGAUAAGAAUUACACGGCAAGAUUGGCCAACUUUAGAGAGGCAAAAGUGAUUCCUCAAGAUCAAACUCAAAUACAAGGUACCCUGAGAGGUUUAGCCGGAUACUUAGACCCUGAAAGUAAAAAAUCAAGGAAGUUGUCAACAAAGAAUGACGUCUAUAGCUUUGGAGUGGUCCUAGUUGAGCUACUGACAAGCCAGAAAGCAUUUUGUGGUGAAAAGCCUAAGGGACAGAGAGGCCUAGCAAAGUUAUUUUCUCGUUCAGUGGAAGAGGGUCGCUGGGAUCAAAUUCUUGAUCGUAAAUAA